AUGGCUUCCAACCAGGCCACCGUCAGCGACGAGCUGGAGAACUGUUUCUGUCUUGCUGAUUCUCCUGGACAACUUCCCAAGUCUCCAGAGCAGUUCUUUGAGUCCCCUCAGCAGUGCCCCGAGUCUACCCAGCAGCUCCUUGAUGCUCCCCAGCUUCCUGAAGCCACCCAGUGCCUCACGCCCCCCAAGGAACCUUUCGAGGUCGCCGAGCCUAUCUGCAUCAUCACCAAAGCCGCCACCAAGACAUACCACAAGCGCCAGAAACCCGCUCGCCAGACCCGCAAGCAGAAGUUCGUCGCCGCCAACAAGCGCCACUACAAGGCCGCCCGCGAGCGCAAGAACGGCACUCGCUUCCACGUCACGCCCCUCACGACAUCUCCACCAGGCCUGAAGCAGAAGUUCCCGCCCACCUUCAACGAGGACUACGCCGUCGGUCUCUGGGACUUUGACCGCAACCCCCGCAAGCUGGGCUUCAGCAACAAGAACUGGCGCGUUUAUCUGGCCACUAUGCCCAUCAUCAAGCUCCGCAAGGAGAAGGAGGCCGAAGAAGAGGCCGAAAAGCAGCUGCAGGCCGCCGAGGAAGAGGCUAGAAAUAACGAGUUCGCUCUCACUCUUCUUUGUCUUUAG